AUGAGUCAGAAUGGUACGACACCUACUGCCGAUGAAAAUCGUGCACCCAUCACAAGUUCUACUCCUUUAUUUGUUCCAAUGUUACCCAUGUAUUAUCCUUAUGCUAAUGCUAAUACAGGUGGACAGCAAUAUUUUGCUCAAGCUAUCUAUCCCAACGUUGCACCAUAUCAAUCAACCGGUAAUCAUCGUUAUGGAAAUGUUGGAUUGAAUUAUAAUACAUUUUAUACUCCAUUUUAUCCCACUUCAAACAAUAUUGUAUCGCGAACAGCACAUGUCCCUAAUAGUGUACCAUUAAUGUCACCAGGCCCAUUAAUGCCACCACCGCCAUUAUUAUCAUCCCAACAAUUACAACACUCAUCAUUAUGCUCUUCGAUUCUGGGCAAGGACAUGGAACGUAAUAAAAACUUGAAUAUUCGUGAAUGUCAAUCACCAGUUAUAGAUCAAACACAGAAAGCUAAAUCUCCAUUACAGACUCUUGAUAUAAAUCAUAAUAAUACAGAUAUAAGAGUACGUCAGGAUUCAUCAUCAGCAUCAUCAUUUAUGUCACGCUCAGAAUCAGAUCAAAAUAAUCUUCCUAGAUCGUCUGGUAUAGUUCAAGAAAUUGAUUCUGAUAAUGUACCAGAUGAUUUUUUAACAUUUAUUGAACAGAAAACAAAAGCAAAGACAACAAUGCCAGAAUUAAAUCCUUUUGCUAAUGAAUUUUGUUUUAUUAAUAAUAAAACAUCUGUGAAAGAUUCAUCAUUAGUAACAAAUGAUGCUAAUCAUAAUAAAAUGAACGACAAUCAAUCAUCAUAUAGAUUGUUAUUUGACAGUCUAAUUGAAAAAAGUCUUGAAUCUAUUGAAGCUAUUAAAAAAUCAAGAAAAAAAAUGACUGUUCAUGAUGUUUCUGUACAAUGUGAUCCAAUAGUAGAUUGUCUUAAUCGUUCAACACAAACAAUAGAACAUACAAAUAAUUUUGAUCUUAUUGAAGAAUAUAGUUUACGUACCGUUAAAUUAAUGGAUAAAUUACUUGUAAAUUUUCGAGAUAUCUAUCAAAAUGAGAUGCAUCAACAGUGUCAAACAAUGGCUCAUACUUGUGAUGAACUACGACAUUUAGUUUUAUUUAUACAUCAUAUUAUGUUAUCAUCAAAAAAUGAUAAACAAAAAAACUCAUCGAUAGAUUUAAAUAACCCAUUUAGUAGUAUGAUACAAAAUCUUUCAAAUGAUAUUGCAAAUGGUAAUAUGUAUCGAACAUCCUCACAAACUGGUACUGGACGAGGCACACAUGGUUUAAUGAAAACGUCUACAAAUUCGCCGACAACAUCAUUUUCAUCGCGACUAAUUGAUCAAAUACCAAAAAUUCAAUUGAAAUUAUGUUUAGUCUGUGAAGCACCUUUAGAAGAUAAUAAUGAUGUUAUGCAUACACUUUGUCGUUCAUUGGUGUCUCGCCCAGCGAUGUUCAACAAUACAUAG